UGGUGGUCUCACACUUUUUACCCAAUCAUCUAAUUCUCUCAGUGUUUUUUUUUUUUUUUGCGUAAAUCAAAAUAGUAAAUUCUCUGGAAGUGAUUUUAGACUUAAUUGGCUUUCAGUGUACGUUUAUUAAUCGAAACCUUCAAGUUAGUCAUGCAACUUUUGGAGUGGUGGUUACAAUAACAUCUUUAGCGUGUUCCCUGAAAGUAGCCUACUACAGCGUAACUGCGUUGUUUGUUACUGAGAUUAUGCUAGCCUACUUGAAAGAGUGUGCUUAUAUGUGGCUCAUAGCAACGUGACUCUGAAUUAUCAUCACAUAUUGGCAGCUUGUAUCCCUCAGCAACGUGUGUAAAGUAUUUCUCCGCGAUUGUUAUUGACAGGUUGUGCACCCUGUAUUUUACAAACGAGUCCGGAACAUUAAAAACAUAUUGAUAACGGAUACAGGCCGCUGGAACUAAAAGACCUACACUCUUACAGAGGAUUCAAACAGCGUCAGACCUUGAAAUAUGGUAGUUCUGUGAUAUUUAUCAUAUCCAUAGUGACCUGUAGCCACUAUUUGAAUUAUACGUAGAUAUUCGUCUUUAGGUAAACUUUUUGUUUAACAUUUGGCACACAGUCAUGCAACCUUCGUACCAAUGGACCAGAAAUGCAGCUCAGGAUACUCGCAUUCAAAGUCAGAGGGGUGCUUACGGCAGUCAUCACACUAAAAAGGCUUACUCUGCUACCCAAGUUAUGACAGCUUCCUCUUCAGUAUCUGGUUCUAAUGCAGAAAGUUCUAUUUCACAGUCUGACUCAGUGUCCAGUGGAACAGAACAACUUAGUCAAACCAAUCUAUUUAUUCGUGGUCUCCUUCAUAGCACAACAGAUAAAGAUCUGUUGAACCUUUGUAGUCCCUAUGGCAAUGUUAUAUCAACAAAGGCAAUUCUGGAUAAAAUGACAAAUAGUUGUAAAGGUUAUGGAUUUGUUGACUUUGAAUCUCCUGUGGCUGCAGAGAAUGCAGUUAAAAAACUCCAAGCCAAGGGAAUACAAGCUCAGAUGGCUAGGCAACAAGAACAAGAUCCAACCAACCUGUACAUAACCAAUUUACCCAAAAGUAUGAUGGAGGGUGAUCUAGAAAAGCUGCUUGCACCCUACGGAUUGGUAAUCUCCACCAGGAUCCUUCGAGAUAGCUAUGUGUGUUCAAGGGGGAUUGGUUUUGCAAGGCUGGAGUCAAAGGAAAUAUGUGAAGUUAUAAUUCGGAACUUGAAUGGCAAAUAUAUAGCUGGCUCAAAUGUUCCACUUCUUAUAAAGUUUGCAGAUGGGGGAAACAAAAAAAGGAAUCAAUACAGAAGCCAAGAGGAUAGGAUCUGGAGAGAAAGAGAAGCCAUUCCCUUAACCUAUGACCAACCAACAAUGCCACAAAAUGGAGUAACAGUUCAAUUAUCGAAUCCCAUGGGCAAUUACUUGAGAGCUUAUUCAACACAUGUUUCCAAUUACCCAUUCCAAACUGGGGCCACGUGGAUGGACCCUCAGCAGUACUUAGUUCAAUCUCCCAUUGGCUAUUCACAGGUCAAAGGUUUUUCUAAUGAAUUGAAUUUUAUUGAAGUUUCAAGCAUAAAACAUGAAGUUCACUUAAAAAAAAAACUGUACUAA